UAAAUGACUUUGACAGGUCUUUCUUUUUGAGUUUUUGAGCACGUUGUUGUAAAAAGGUAACUUGCUACUAGGUUACCUUUUCUAAUUUUUUGCCUUAUUUUACGAGCGGUAAUUCGACUGCAAUGCAGAUUUUCGUGAAGACCCUCACAGGGAAGACCAUCACUCUUGAGGUGGAGGCUUCCGAUACGAUUGAGAAUGUAAAAGCCAAGAUUCAGGAUAAGGAAGGCAUUCCUCCAGAUCAGCAGCGAUUGAUCUUUGCUGGAAAACAGUUGGAGGAUGGCCGUACUUUGUCGGACUACAACAUUCAGAAAGAAUCUACUUUGCACUUAGUGCUUAGGCUUAGAGGAGGCACCAUCGAACCUUCUCUCCGUAUCUUGGCCAUGAAGUACAACUGCGAUAAAAUGAUCUGUCGCAAGUGCUAUGCCCGCCUUCACCCGCGUGCUACCAACUGCCGCAAGACUAAGUGUGGGCAUACUAACAACCUGCGCCCAAAGAAGAAGCUGAAGGAUUAAAUAUUUACAUUUAUAGAACACUCAAUAGUUUCCAGUUCCAUCUUCUACAAAUUAUAAUUUCCUUAAAAUG